CGUACCGCCAUUUUAAGUUGAGGACAGAUCGUUUCCCUCCCCCUGGCAAGAAGCUAACCAAGCUGAAUCCUCUGUAUCUCUCGGUUGCUGAAGUAUAUUCAUCUGUGGGAAAACAUCUUGCUUUGAACAAAUAGAGCGCACGCUCUUAUUCCACGUUGCCUGAUUCGGGCUCUCGGAGUUUUAAAGGGAUUGCAUGAAGAGCUGAGGUGAAAGAUGACCCAGUUUUUACCCCCCAAUCUGCUGGCCCUAUUUGCGCCCCGGGACCCCAUACCAUUUCUGACCCAGUUGGAGAAGCUUCCCCAUGAAAAACACCACAACCAGCCAUACUGUGGCAUCGCUCCCUUCAUCAGGCACUUUGAGGACCCCAGAGAUGCCCCUCCCCCCACUAGGGCAGAAACUCGCGAUGAGAGGUUGGAGAGGAAGAGGAGGGAGAAGAUCGAGAGGAGGCAGACUGUUGUGGAGACAGAACUGAAGCUCUGGGAUCCACACAAUGACCCCAAUGCUCAGGGGGAUGCCUUCAAGACCCUGUUUGUGGCUCGUGUGAAUUAUGACACCACGGAAUCCAAGCUUCGCCGUGAGUUUGAGGUCUACGGACCCAUCAAACGGAUCUACAUCGUCUACAACAAGAGGUCAGGGAAGCCCAGAGGCUACGCCUUCAUAGAGUACGAGCACGAGAGAGACAUGCACUCUGCCUACAAGCAUGCAGACGGGAAGAAGAUCGAUGGAAGGAGAGUGCUGGUGGAUGUUGAGAGAGGCCGCACUGUGAAGGGAUGGCAUCCCCGCAGGCUAGGCGGUGGUCUUGGUGGGACAAGGAGAGGCGGGGCUGACGUCAACAUCAAGCACUCUGGAAGAGACGACACGUCACGUUAUGAUGACCACCCCCCAAUUGGAGGGGAACGAGAGCGCGAACGUGGACCUGAGCCCAGAGGGGAGCGCAGAGAGCGCAGCCGUGAGCGUGAACGUGGGGGGGAGAAAGAGCGUGGUGGCGAAAGACGGCGGUCCCGGUCCCGGGAAAGACGCAGGCGCAGCUCCCGCUCCAGGGAGAGGGGCGACAGGGGUCUGGGCCUGGCAGGGCCCGCAGAGGAGAGCGUAGGGGGUGGCAGGAGGAGAGAUCGAGAGAGGGAGCGGGGGGGAGGAGGACCAGGGGGAGACAGUCAUAGCAGGGAGAGGAGCAGAGACAAGGGUGAAAGGAAGAGGAGGAGCCGCAGCAGAGAGCGCAAGCGAGACCGGGAGAGGGGCAAGGGCGGCGAGGGGGAUGAGGGCAUGGGGCUUGGAGACGGUAUGGUGGGGGAGGGAGGAGAGAAGAUGCCUGAAGAGCCUAGUGUGGGUGAGGAAGGGGGAGAGGUGGGAGAGGAGCGCGGCGGUAGGGAGCGGGACAGAGAAAGGGAGCGGGACCGUGACCGGAGGCGCAGCCACAGGGACAAGGACCGGGAGAGGGACCGGGAGAGACACAGGGGGGACAGGGAGAAGGACAGGGAGCAUAAGAGAGACAGGGAGCGGGGUGGCGGGGAGCGCAGGGAGGACCGGCAUGGCACUCUCCUGCCUCCCUCGGCCGAGCAGGACGACGUGGGUAACGGGGAGGCGGGGGAAGCACCGCCCCAGCCAGAGGAGAACAGCCAGGAUGGGUUGAUGAUGGACCAGGAGUCGGUGCAGUCGGGGGAGGGCUACGUUUCCAAUGAGAAUGGCUACAAGGUGGAGACCCAGGCAGACGAGUACUAAGCGGGGCGUUGCCAUUUUUAAGUUCCUGUUUUUUUUAUUUUAUAUAUACAACAACCCCACAUACCCCUUCCCUGUUUGUGUGAAUGAUACUGUAAUGAUAUAACAACCUGUCUUUAUGGGUUAAGUAGGGUUUUGUUUCUUCUGUAUUUGAACCCCCACAAAAGGUCCACACCACAAAAUAAUUAUUUCAAACCCGUCCCUCGGUUCCAAACUGAGAACUGCUCACUGUCCCUUGACAUUCUCCCCCAACCGAAACUUUAAUCUGACAUUCUGCUCUGUCAAGUACUUGUCUGAUUACAAUCCUUUUACGAGUGAGGCAGUUAUGUUAGUUAUGUUCAAAUAUUUCUUUUUCUUAAAUCUCUAUUGGUGUUAAUUCAACCUGGGUUGUUUUUCUGGGGGUAAUAGGGGCUAAAUUGUUUAGGUUUUGUAACACCCCCCCCCCCCCCCCAAGUGAUUUGUAUCAAUCCAUGAGCAGAUGAGAAAAUAAAAAAUAUAUAUAUUUGAGCCUUCAUAUGUUCCUUUUUCACUUUAAAGUACAACCCUGAGAACAUCUUACUCAACUGUCUGAACCCAUAUGUCUAUCUAUUCUCAAGAAAAUGUACACCAAUUGCUAGGUUUCCAUCCAAUUGGCGACUGAUUUUCAUGCAAAUAUUCUUAUGCAUUUUCCCACCAAAGAUGUUUCCAGUCAAUUUACUUGUUGCAAAUAAAAGGCUGUGCGUGAUCUAGUGAAAAUAAAAAUGCAUUUUGCGGUUAAAUUCCGAUGUAUCGAAACCCAUUGAACUAGCUUUUCCUUAUCGCAUUUAACCUCACUGAUUGUUACCAAACAAAUGUGUUAUAGCGUCUGCCCCCUUUGUUAUUGGCAUAUGUCCUCUAACCAACAGCACGAAGUUGGCUAGAGUACACAUAUAGCCUACAUGAGAUGUGGACAAAAGAGUGAGUCUUUAUUUUUCAAACAGCAGCCAAGCAUUGACUAUCAUCUCACCAGAAUAAGACCCUGGAUAUUUAUUGGAAAGUAACAUCAAGCUAAAUACCGUGCAAAUUAUAUUAAUUGAUUUAAUCUGUAGUUUUCCCGACUAGUCGCGCUUUCCCGACUAGUCGUAGUGGGAGGACCACAUGUCAACGCGUGACUCCCAAGUUUAGGUCGAUAUGAUGGUUGUAUCAAUAUUUGCGCAUAAGUGUUUCCACUGACAUUUCUCGCAUAAUUAACUUUACCAACACAUUCCACCUUGUCUAGUUGACGUUUGUUUCCGUCAGGCCUGUCAUUACUUUUUAUCUGCCGAACUUUGCUUGCAUAAAAAGGUUGGAUGGAAACCGGGUUAUUGAACAAGGUUGAAAAUGGGGGGGAGAGUAAGGAAAUGUGUUGCAAAGUGCAUGUCUACGAGUUGGCCAAUAUUGCUCAUUUUUAUUCUGUAAAGCAAGUUGGGGGAACCCCCUGAAUGGAAUUGUUCUGAUUCUUCUGAAAUAAAGUUUUUUAAAUUUUAAAUAUUGAA